UGCUAUCAGCUCAUUUCGCCACCGACUAGCAGCGAACAGUCCACGAGAAUAGAACACAAUAAUAACAUUUAAAGCAGGAAUUUAUUUACUCAGAGCUUCACAAUGCCUGAGAGGGACACUGAGCUUUACUCCAACCCUCUGGCUCCAGACGGUCAUGAUGUGGAGGAUCAUCGGUCAGCGCUGCAAUCCAAGCUGACCAACGAGGACUUCAGGAAACUCCUGAUGACCCCACGAGCCACUCCGUCAUCGGCGCCGCCGUCCAAAUCCCGCCAUCAUGAAAUGCCCCGGGAGUAUAACGAAGACGAGGAUCCUGCCGCUCGCAGAAGGAAGAAGAAAAGCUACUACGCUAAGCUGAGGCAGCAGGAGCUGGAGCGCGAGCGAGAGCUAGCGGAGAAGUACAGAGACCGAGCCAGGGAGAGACGAGACGGCGUCAACAAAGAUUACGAGGAGACGGAGCUCAUCAGCACCACCGCCAACUACAGAGCAGUGGGACCCACGGCCGAGGCGGACAAGUCCGCCGCGGAAAAGAGGCGCCAACUGAUCCAGGAGUCCAAGUUCUUGGGUGGUGACAUGGAGCACACUCACUUGGUGAAGGGUCUGGAUUUCGCCCUGCUGCAGAAAGUGAGAGCUGAGAUCACCAGUAAGGAGAGAGAGGAGGAGGACAUAAUAGAGAAAGUACAGAAGGAAGUGAAGAAAGAUGAAGAUCCCGAACAGAAGAUCGAGUUUAAGACCAGACUCGGGAGGAACAUUUACCGAAUGCUGUUUAAGGGCCGUCAGACGGAGCGUAACGAGCUCUUCCUGCCGGGCAGGAUGGCGUACGUGGUGGAUCUGGAGGACGAGUACGCGGACACGGACAUCCCCACCACUCUGAUCCGCAGCAAAGCCGACUGUCCGACCAUGGAGGCUCAGACCACCCUCACCACCAACGACAUCGUGAUCAGUAAACUCACCCAGAUCCUGUCCUACCUCAGACAGGGCACACGCAACAAAAAACUCAAGAAGAGGGACAAAGGGAAGCUGGAUGAGAGAAAAGCUCCAGAAGCAGAUAUAAAUAUCUUCGACGAUAUCGGAGACUACAUCCCAACCACGUCCAAACCCUCGCGUGAGAAGGAGAAGGAGCGUCACCGUGAGAAGGAGCGUGAGAGAGCGAGGGAGAGGGAGAGGGAGCGAGAGAGGGAGAGAGAGAGGGAGCGAGAGGAGGAGAAACACCAUCACAGCUACUUCGAGAAACCUCGAGCUGAUGAUGAGGUCUUGAACUUAGAUAAAGGUCCAGGAUCAGUGAAGGAUCAGAUUAAGCUCAUUAAUGAGAAGUUUGCAGACGCCGCAGCAGGACAGUGGCAGGAAACUGCAGGAACCAGACGUGAUGAGAAGAAACACCUUGGGGAUUUUUUCGGGAUGUCCAACAGUUACGCCGAGUGUUACCCGGCAACGAUGGAUGAUCUAGCCGUGGACAGUGAUGAAGAGGUUGAUUACAGUAAGAUGGACCAGGGUAAUAAGAAGGGGCCGCUGGGUCGCUGGGACUUCGACACACAGGAGGAAUACAGCGACUACAUGAACAAUAAAGAAGCUUUACCCAAGGCCGCCUUUCAGUACGGGAUCAAAAUGUCGGAGGGAAGAAAGACUCGCCGCUUCAAAGAGACCAACGAGAAAGCCGAGCUGGAUCGACAGUGGAAGAAGAUCAGCGCCAUCAUUGAGAAGAGGAAGAAGAUGGAGGCUGAUGGGGUGAACGUGAAGAGGCCGAAAUAUUAAACGUUUGUUGUUGAUUCUUCAGAAACGUUCUGAACCUGAGCUGUAACGUCUUUAUAUAAAAUCAUUCACUGUUAAACCUGUUAAAUAUUAAAUAAAGGAGUUAGAACCACCAAAA